AAGCGAAAGUCUAUUUCUUUCUUCUAAAAGUCUACGCAAACCACUUGUUAUCUUUCUUUCCACCAUCUUCUGUUCAUCUCAGGAGCUCUGCUUUCAAUGGCGACAAUUAGCAGUCACCAAAUUUCCACGAGAAUGUCUCUCCUCAAAUCUCACUCCUCUCCCAAUUUGUCCUUUUUUCGAAGCUUCACUGGCAGCUCUCUGUUCGAUUCUGGAAUCCGCCGUGCUGGACGACGUCUUACCGUGCUAAAACCACAAGCUUUUACUGUUAGGUCCGUCAGGAUCGCUGAAACUGCUGAGAAUGUCGAAGAGCUGAGCCCGCCGGUUAACUUUUGGAGUAGCAGAGCUCAGGGGAAGUUAGGUGAUCGGAGGAAAACCAAGAUCAUUUGCACGAUAGGUCCGUCCACGAGCUCGCGUGAAAUGAUAUGGAAAUUAGCAGAGGCUGGGAUGAAUGUGGCGCGGCUGAAUAUGUCGCAUGGUGACCAUGCUUCCCACCAGAAAACCAUUGACCUUGUUAAAGAAUACAAUGCUCAAUUCAAUGACAAAGUUAUAGCCAUAAUGCUGGACACCAAGGGUCCUGAGGUUAGAAGUGGAGAUGUACCUCAGCCAAUUGUACUCAAGGAGGGACAAGAGUUUAAUUUUACUAUCAAAAGAGGAGUCUGCAGAAAAGAUACUGUCAGUGUAAAUUAUGAUGACUUUGUAAAUGAUGUGGAGGUUGGAGAUACAUUGCUGGUAGAUGGUGGAAUGAUGUCAUUAGCUGUGAAGUCAAAGAAGACAAAAGAUUUGGUUAAAUGCAUAGUUGUUGAUGGUGGAGAACUAAAAUCAAGGCGUCAUUUAAAUGUGCGUGGAAAAAGUGCUACUCUGCCUUCAAUAACAGACAAAGAUUGGGAAGAUAUCAAAUUUGGAGUGGACAACCAAGUUGAUUUUUACGCUGUCUCCUUUGUAAAGGACGCUAAAGUGGUCCAUGAAUUGAAAGAUUACCUUAAAAGCUGCAAUGCAGAUAUUCACGUAAUUGUGAAAAUUGAAAGUGCUGACUCUAUACCAAAUCUCCAUUCAAUAAUUUCUGCUUCUGAUGGGGCAAUGGUUGCUCGUGGGGACCUUGGAGCCGAACUUCCAAUUGAGGAGGUGCCCUUAUUGCAGGAGGACAUCAUUAGAAGGUGCCAUAGUAUGCAGAAGCCAGUAAUUGUUGCUACAAACAUGCUUGAAAGCAUGAUCAACCAUCCUACACCAACAAGGGCAGAAGUUUCUGAUAUUGCAAUUGCGGUGCAAGAAGGUGCUGAUGCAGUUAUGCUUUCUGGAGAAACUGCACAUGGAAAGUAUCCAUUAAAAGCUGUGAAAGUGAUGCAUAUCGUGGCAUUAAGGACUGAGUCAAGUCUUCCAGCCAGCACCAUGCCUUCAGUUCAUUCCAGUGCUUAUAAGGGUCCUAUGGGAGAAAUGUUUGCCUUUCAUUCCACAACUAUGGCUAACACCCUUAAUACACCGAUCAUUGUGUUCACAAGAACUGGAUCAAUGGCUAUUCUUUUAAGUCAUUACCGUCCCUCCUCAACCAUAUUUGCCUUCACAAAUGAGGAGCGAAUUAAGCAGAGGCUGGCACUUUAUCAAGGUGUGAUGCCCAUAUAUAUGCAAUUUUCAGAUGAUGCAGAAGAGACCUUCUCUAGAGCACUCAAGCUACUAGUGGAUAAAAAUUUGGUGAGGGAGGGAGAGCACGUUACUCUGGUCCAGAGUGGAGCACAACCAAUCUGGCGGCAGGAAUCCACUCAUCACAUCCAAGUGUGUAAGGUCCAAGCUUAAUUUUCACUUGUGAAGAGGCUUUCUCAUGAUAGAACUUACUGAGCAGUAGCUAACACUUAAAACUGUGUAUUAUUUUUAAUUUUAUGAAUGAUCAUAUAAUUGUUUUUCCAAGUUUUAAAUAGAAAUUCUUAGAAGAA